AUAUUCUCAACCCUAUUGAUAUACAAUAAAGUACAUAAUUACCAAACUUUCCUGGCACAAGGCGUUUGUAUGGUGAUUGGCAAUGGAUGGACUUAUCUUCUGCCCUGCUCUCACUGUAGUCUCCUCUUAUUUUAGACGCCGACUAACACCGCGAAAAUCCGAACCCUUGAUUGAGUUCUCCGCAUCCAAGGAGCCUGCAAACGCUUUCUUCAAUCUAGCCAUGUUUCUAAACAUCCUCGGGCUCUAUUUAACAUUAUUUAUCUUAGAAGCUUCUCACAGCAGGCCAGCCUCUGUCUCACUCAAACUUCUGAUGAUCCUCAACGUCAUGGGAGUUCUAGACCUUAUUCUGGAGUACUUCGUUACUCCACGCCCAAGAUGACCUAUUACCAAGUCCGUUCAGAUAAAACACUCCUUUCACCGCGGCAUCCAUUGCAAAACAGACCAAUCAAUGUAUACUUCUUAUACUUUUAC